GUGGAAAUCCAAUUUUUUUCGAAAAUGAACUCAAAGACUCUGCCUCAUUAUCUACUUCCUCAAUAGACCAACCAAAUUCGUCAUCUAAAAAUCCCCCUAAAUUACCUCAAGAACCCGAAUCAGAACCACCUGUAUUACAAGAGCCGUUAGUAAUACAAAAGAAAUCAUAUAAACAUUACAAUACCGUGUUGGAAGCUUUCAAGACACUUAAAUCCUUGGCAAAAGAUCAAGUUAGUUGGAGUUUAUACACAGAAAAUAAGGGAGUCAAGGUUUACCAGAAGGAUAAUCCUGGUAAUGCUUUACCAUACAUGCGUGGGGAUAUCACUAUCUAUGGAGAAUUACUUCCUGACGAUAUUCUCUCAUAUAUCGUCUGUUUGGAUUCGAAAAAAUUGUGGGAUGAUCGAUACGAAGAAGGUUUUGUAGUUGAACGAUAUAGCCUUGAUGACUUGCUGAGCAGAACAGCCACGAAGGGUACUUUCCCUAUCAGCGGUCGUGACUUUGCGAUGGCUAGUUCAGUUGAUCGUGACCCGGAUGGUACUAUUUGGCAUGUCGCCACAUCAAUUGUUGAUUCCAAGAUUCCAGAAUACAAAAAAUAUGUUCGAGCAGAUUUAAAUCUCGCUGGAUGGGAAUUAAAACCUGUUUAUAAUAAUGUUGGUAAAAGAAUAGCAAUUAAUGUUAAAUACAUUGUUGACAUUGAUAUUAAACUUGACUCAGUUCCAACGAGAAUUCUUAAGUCAAUAACAAUGCAAACACCAAUGUGCGUUGGUAAAAUUGAUGAAUUAUCGAAAAAAAUUGGAUUUCCACCUUAU